CUCUACAAGAGAUACAAGUGGAGGAACACAGCAAUGGCAGGGUUCAAGCAUCUUGUUAUUGUUAAGUUUAAGGCCGAUUGUCCGGUCGACGACAUACUCAAAGGAAUGGAGAAGCUGGUUUCGGAGAUCGACGCCGUCAAAUCAUUCGAAUGGGGACAAGACAUUGAGAGUGAAGAGAUGCUUAGACAAGGGUUUACACAUGCCUUCUUGAUGAGUUUCGACAGCAAAGCGGAAUAUACUGCGUUUGUGGGACAUCCAAGUCAUGUUGAAUUCUCUGCAACGUUUUCUGGCGCCAUUGACAAGAUUGUGCUCCUUGAUUUCCCUUGUGUUGUUGCAAAGGCUUCGGCUUGAUUGAUGAUUUUCGACAAUGCAUAGAUCGGCUUCUGUCGUUUGUUAUGUCAUUAUCUCUUGUAUUUGUGCAUCUAUGUGUUAUGGUUUGUAAUUUCUGAACAAUCUGAAUUUGUCUUAUGUUUUGUGUUCGAAUAUUUAAAGACGCACAGUAAGGUAAGAGUUGGUGAUACAAAUAAUAAGGUAAGAAUCGUUUGAUUGGGUUCA